CAUGAACGUGUCAAGUCCUUUUGACAUUUCAGGGUAAAAGGACACGCGAACGUAGGCAGAGUUUCGCCAACGUUCGCUUUUCUUUUCUUUAGUUAUGUCUCGAAACAAACACCAUGAGGAAACGGACAAGCUUACGCGUAUUGCGAUAGUAAACGCGGACCGUUGCAAGCCGAAAAGAUGCAGGCAGGAGUGCAAGAAAAGCUGCCCAGUGGUGCGUAUGGGCAAGCUGUGUAUCGAGGUGACUCCCAAUGAUAAGAUCGCCACCAUUUCCGAAGAACUAUGCAUCGGCUGCGGUAUAUGUGUCAAGAAAUGUCCGUUUGACGCUAUCACCAUCAUCAAUAUCCCGUCGAACUUGGAGAAGCAUACGACGCAUCGCUACUCGAAGAACUCGUUCAAGCUCCAUCGUCUGCCGAUCCCUCGGCCGGGAGAGGUUCUCGGUCUGGUCGGGCAGAACGGUAUCGGCAAGUCUACCGCGCUCAAGAUCCUCGCGGGCAAACAGAAGCCUAACCUCGGACGUUAUGCUGACCCUCCGGACUGGCAAGAAAUCCUGUCACAUUUCCGCGGCUCUGAGCUGCAGAACUACUUCACCAAGAUUCUGGAAGACAACCUGAAGGCUCUAAUCAAGCCACAAUACGUGGAUCAGAUCCCAAAAGCUGUGAAGGGCACCGUCGGUCAACUGCUGGACAGGAAAGACGAGAUGAAAAACCAGCCCGAAAUAUGCCGCAUGCUUGAUCUUUCGCACAUCCGCGACCGCGAGAUUUCUGCGUUGUCCGGUGGAGAACUGCAGCGCUUCGCCUGCGCCAUGGUGUGCAUCCAGAACGGAGACAUCUUCAUGUUCGACGAGCCCUCGUCUUAUCUGGACGUGAAGCAGCGUCUCAACGCUGCUCGUACUAUUCGCUCGCUCAUACACCCUGACAAGUUCAUCAUCGUCGUGGAACACGACUUGUCGGUGUUGGACUACUUGUCCGACUUCAUCUGCUGCUUGUAUGGCGUGCCUGGUGCAUAUGGCGUAGUAACUAUGCCUUUCUCCGUGCGAGAAGGUAUCAAUAUCUUCCUGGACGGUUUUGUGCCCACUGAAAACAUGAGAUUUAGAACUGAAUCUCUCGUUUUCAAAGUGGCUGAAUCUGCUACUGAAGAGGAGAUCAAAAGAAUGAACCACUACGAGUAUCCAGAAAUGUCGAAGAAAAUGGGUGACUUCUAUCUAAAAGUGAUGCCCGGAGAGUUCUCCGAUUCAGAGAUUCUGGUGCUACUUGGUGAAAACGGCACCGGCAAAACCACAUUCAUCAGAAUGUUGGCCGGCAAUCUAGAAGCUGACGAAGGGUCUGGCCAGUUGCCACAGCUACACAUUAGCUAUAAGCCACAGAAGAUAUCCCCUAAAUCACAAGGACUGGUUCGCAGCCUCCUACAUGAGAAAAUUAGAGAUGCUUAUGUUCACCCACAAUUUAUCACUGAUGUGAUGAAGCCUAUGAAAAUAGAAGAAAUUAUGGAUCAGGAGGUUCAGAACCUGUCUGGAGGUGAAUUGCAACGAGUCGCCUUAGUGCUGUGCCUCGGGAAACCUGCCGACGUCUACCUCAUUGAUGAGCCUUCCGCCUACCUCGAUUCCGAACAACGUCUGGUCGCUGCUAAAGUUAUAAAACGGUUCAUUCUGCAUGCGAAGCGAACAGGGUUCGUAGUCGAGCACGACUUUAUCAUGGCGACAUAUCUCGCGGACCGCGUGAUCGUGUUCGAGGGCACUCCCUCGGCCAACGCCACGGCCCAUGCGCCCCAGUCGCUGCUGAACGGCAUGAACCGGUUCCUUGAACUGCUCGGGAUCACAUUCCGGCGGGAUCCCAACAAUUUCCGGCCAAGGAUCAACAAACAUGCCUCCGUGAAAGACAUAGAGCAGAAACGCGCAGGCCAAUAUUUCUUCCUUGAAGAUUAAGAGAAAAUAGAUGCUUAAAUAACAUUCAAUAUUCCAAGGUUUUAACAUAUUUUAAAUGUAUAUUUAUAUAUAUGUUACAUAUAUAAUAUAUAUAUUAUAUAUCUGAUCAGUUUUGUUUGUCACAAUUAUAGUGAUGGCCUGCCAUGCUGUUAUUUUCCAGUUGCAUGUACUACAGUAAUAAAUCAGUUUUUAUACAAUUACAAA